AUGGCCGACCAAAUAACGGAGUCCUCCCUCCGCGACGCCCUCGCCCAGCGCCUGCAGGCCGUCCACGUCGAAGUCACAGACAUGUCCGGCGGCUGCGGCCAAUCCUUCACCUCGCUAAUCGUCUCCCCCGCCUUCGAGAAGCAAACGUCCCUCAAGCGCCACCGCCUCGUCAACGCCGCCCUCAAGGACGAGAUCGCCCGCAUCCACGCCUGGAGCGCAAAGUGCCAGACCCCCGCCGAGUGGGAGCGCGACCGCGCCGCCGCCGCCGCCGAUGGUCCCCCUCUGGACGGCACGGUCGGCGGACGGGUGGAGGGCGUUGCGCAGUAA